AGCAGCAGAAAUAAAGUGUCCUGUCUCAUUCACGAUGGCUUUGUGAUCAGAUUAUUCUCCCUAAGUAAAAACGUAUUGGAUCUGGGGUCACCUUUGUAUUUUCUGUCUGAUUAUAAUUAAGCACUGGGGCCACGCUUAGAUAUGAAGUCACAGGAAGCUGGCCCAGGCAGAUAGAAAACGGAAGCAAGACAAGUCCCCUGCAUAGAGCAUAUUACUAUUUCUAGCACUGCUGGGCACUAGGGCUAUAACACUAGCACUAGGCGGCACCACCACUGCCCCCGGAACAGAAAAUGAUCAGAUCAAAGGCGGUUGUCACUUGUCAGAUGUGCAUCUACUUCAGCGGAAAGUUGAGCCUUUCAAGCUCACACCCAAUUUGUGGUUCAAAGACUCCGCUCUAAAGAAGAAAAAAAAACCCACAGUGGGUGUCAGUCAGAUAAGUUUGUGUGGGGGGGGUUGAAGAUGUGCGACUACAAGACAGGCAGGAGGAAAGGAAACUAAACUACCAGAGCUGAGGAGCAGGAGUUGUACGUUACGCACCUUCAAUGAGAAUAACUUAGAGAAACUGUUGGAUCAAGAAGAAUUUUUCCUGUGAAACGGGUUUGGAACCCCCUGACCUGAUAAAAUGGGGGACGUUACAAAGAAACCCACCAACAAGAAAUUCCGAUUCUUCAAAAUGUUCGGCAGCCUGAGCAGCCUCCCCCUUCCCUUCCGCAGAGCGAGUUCUAAGGACAUUGAGACCAACCAUGGCAGCUUUGAGAAGACACAGGAUGACCUCAAUGCUUUACCAAGCCCAAGAAGCCCUACCUAUGCCCGGUCAUGUGACAUGUACACCCACAUGGGUACAAUGCCCAGACGUUCUAUCAAACAUGGAUCAAAAUCCAAAAAAGAGAAAGGGAACAAGGGCAGCAGCUCUAACAUACCAGUUGUUAUGGCAUCUCAGCCUACCAAUGACCAACUGGAUGAUGAUGAUGAUCCCAAUGACAUGAUCAUUGUGCCCUCCCUUAAAGCAAAAAGCAGGUCAGCAACAUUAAAAAAACAACAGCCUGUAGAAACCCUCAAUGAACUUCUUCCACCGAGUGAGGAGAUACCGGCUCAGGAUGCCACUGAGAAAGAGAAACAGAACAGAGAAAAGACCGUGGAGACUCAACCUGGAGAGAACAAAGGCAACUGGGAAGAUGGUACGUGUAGUGGCCUUGAUGCGGGAAGUGAGUAUGUGAAGUUCUCAAAGGAGAAGUAUAUUCUGGAAACACCUCCUGAAAAACUGCACAAAGAGCUCGAAGAAGAAUUAAAGCUCAACAGCUCUGACCCUCGCAGCCAUGCCUGGUACCAUGGGCGCAUACCAAGGGAGGUAUCUGAAAGCUUGGUUCAGAGAAACGGAGACUUCUUGAUACGGGAUUCCCUCACCAGCCUGGGUGACUAUGUUUUGACCUGCCGAUGGAAGAACGAAUCUUUGCACUUUAAAAUUAACAAAGUGAUGGUGAAGACCAGUGACAGCUACACCAGAAUACAGUAUCUGUUUGAGCAGGAGAGCUUCGACAACAUCCCGGCACUCGUACGCUAUUACGUGGGCAGCAGGCGGCCAGUGUCAGAGCAGAGUAGCGCCAUGAUCUACUGCCCCAUCAACCGUACAUAUCCACUGAGAUACCUGGAAGCCAGCUAUGGGCUGUCACCUGGAAGGCACGGAGGAUCCCACAGUCCACAAAAGGGUCAUAUGAAGAGAAGAAGCAUCACCAUGACAGAUGGACUCACUGCAGACAAGAUAAACAAAAGCAACGGGUGCCCAAACAGCGGCAACUCUUCCCAGCAUCAUAGAGAUAUGAUCAGAAAUUGUGCAGUCAGCGUGGAUCAAAUCCAAGAUCUGCACUCCCCAAUGUCUCCCAUCUCAGAAACUCCAGGGUCACCUGCCUAUAGCACUGUUGUCAGAAUGAAACCCCCUGUGAAGCCACCAGUUUGCGCUGCUCCAGGCUCCCCAGUCCUGAGAAGAUCCAGUGAGCCAUAUGUUUGCCCUGCAAACAACAAGGCUGCCUUAAAUUUGGCUGACAGUUCCCAUUCCAGUCCAAGUCAUGGUCAUCCAAAUAUCUCCCCCUCGCCCUCCAUCAGCAGUUACAGUGAUCUGGACAAUGGUCACUACAGCCAGCUGCAACCUGCCUCCUCAACACAUGAUGCACUAAGCAAGUCCCUCCCACCCAAGAGCUAUGUGGAAAGGUUAAGAGUCGAUGAGGGUGCCAAGGCAGGGGGCAUCCGUGGAGCAGAUGAAGUGGACAGGGACCCAGGGUCUUUUAUAAUCCCCACUAUGGAAGCAAAAUCCUCUUUCAUCCCAUCUUCCUUUAAAUCAACACUAAUCCCGUUAGACAACAAACCACUAGAGAUGUGUAUCCUGAAAAAAGUUAAGGAGCUGUUUGCUGAAGUCGAUGCCAAAACUAUCGCCAAACACAUCACCAAGACAGAUUGUGAGGUUGCCAGGAUACUCGGCGUUACCAAAGAGAUGCAAAGGAUUAUGGGAGUGAGCUCAGGCAUGGAGCUACUGACGCUGCCGCAUGGCCGCCAACUGCGGCUCGAUCUACUAGAAAGGUUUCACACCAUGUCCAUCAUGAUCGCAGUAGACAUCUUGGGUUGCACAGGGAGCACCGAAGAAAGGGCUGCUCUCCUGCAUAAGACUAUCCAGCUUGCAGCGGAACUAAAAGGCACCAUGGGAAACAUGUUCAGUUUUGCUGCUGUGAUGAAUGCACUGGAAAUGUCACAGAUCUCACGCUUGGAGCAAACAUGGGUAACACUAAGGCAGAGGCACACAGAGGGAGCCAUCUUGUAUGAGAAGAAGCUGAAGCCAUUUUUGAAGAGCAUGAAUGAGGGCAAAGAAAGCCUACCUCUGAGCAACACAACCUUCCCUCACAUCAUUCCCCUAAUCACCCUCCUUGAGCGAGACAGCCCUCUUCUGGACAGUGGGGAGCCCUGGGACAGUUCUGAUAACGGAGUAGAAGUGGUUAUGGCACACUUGGAGGCUGCCCGGAUGGUGGCACAUCACGGAGGCCUUUACCGUACCAACGCAGAGGUGAGGUUACAAGGGUUCCAUCCCAGAUCUGAUCUCUUAGAAGUCUCAAGCACAGAAUUCCAGAUGCGGAUGCUGUGGGGAAGCCGGGGAGCUUCGGGCAGCCAGGCAGAAAGAUACGACAAGUUUGACAAUGUUCUGGCAGCUCUAUCACAUAAACUGGAGCCAUCGGUGCGAUUCAGUGAAUUAUAAAACAUCCAGGACUUGGAGAAAAAGGGCAGCCACAGAAGGGGCUUGGUUGGCUCACAUCAGAAUCUUUACAGAGGAAUAUCAGCACUUUUUUUUUUAUACACACAUCAUCUCUGCCAAAGGGCCAGUAACACACUGUGAAGCAGAUCAUUGCUGGGACCCCUUGGAUGAAAAGACUUAACCCAGAUUGGGUCUGUCUAACUCAUGGCAGACAUUGGAUGGUAAAUGACUGCUGCAAACACUAGAGAAUACUCUUCAUUAUCACUGCAGUAAGACUGUGUCUUUGUGCCCGUCCAUCACUGCUUAUUCCAAGCUAAAAGUAAAAAAAAGCAUAACAUACUGGUCACGUCUACAGCACACCCUGGGCAAUUUUUGGUCAGGGCCACUUUUAGCUCAUAACAAGGUUACAGAUCUUUGAUAACAUUAGUGUUUAUUGCUUAGUACCAUAGUCACUCCAAAUCUCACCCUGCCUGACAUUCAAGAUCAAAUAGGCCUUCUCCCCAGUUCUUACCCUAACUAUCCUUCAGGCUGAGUACCUGUCACACCUGGUCUUCCAAAACCCAGAAUAAGGACCAAGGCUCUGGUCACAGCUCACUCUUCUGCCUCUAACAGCCUCCUUUGGGAGGAGGCCUCGGAUCCCGCCAGAUCUUAUAGUGAGAGAGACAAGGCUCAAAUUCUGGGCAGUCAAGGGAACCAGAGUGUACCACGGAGAACCAGCAAUAAAUAGUCAGGGGACAGGCUAUGAUCAAUACAGUGAGGACAGCGAAGUAUCAAAUCAGAAUCCGAAUCAUAGUCAGGGACAGGCAAAAAGGUCAUGACAGGCAGCAAUUAUCAACAUCAGAGGCAGGUAAGAGGUCACACACGUGAAACAGUAUAGAAUCACGCCCAGGAACUAACAGCAAAAGAGAAACUACAAUGGGCAAUGGGUAAUUGGGUGCCGUCCCUUUCAAUUUUCAAAGUUCGCACCUUGUGCAAUGACGUCAUUACACGGGACAUCAUUAUGCCAGGACGUCAUUGCACAGCGCCAGAGCUCAUAAAAGUACAAACGUGCCACUGCAAGACACAAGCUCAAGAAGAUCAUGGUCGUCCCCGCUGCGCCACCAAUUUUUCCAAGCACCCCUACAGUUUGGGAACUACUGCUCCACUAUGUUUAGAAUUUUGAUCUAUAGGUGCCAUCUAGCGUUGAAACAGUAAACAGCACACAUAGUUUCAACUCCUUCCAUUGACAUCGGAGAUAAACCACUUUAUGUCUUUAGUCAUAGUGUAAAAUACCUAGGGCUGAUCAUUCCUGCUUCUACACCUAAAUAAAGUUCUCAUGCUUGUUAAGCUACAACUGCCGAUGAGUUUUACUAAUAUGAACUAACCAGUGUGAGACUGGAUCUCCUAGGUCCGGCAGAACACCUGACAUCCCAGGCCCACUCAAUUACAUGGAGACAGUGCCAAAUGGUAUAGAGGUUAUAUAGCCUUGGGGGAUUUAUUUCCAUAGAUUUGGCCCCCCCAGGAGAAUCUCUGGGAUCCUUGCAGGCCAGCCCAAUCCUGUAACUGAAGGACUCUACCCAAAUUCAACCAAAAACAACAGUAAUACCAUGAGAGAGUUUGCAUCAAAUACAAAGUACCUAAUUCAGCAAAUGGGAAUUUAUACGGAGCAGGGUCAUCUCUCCCAUCAAGGAAGGUUGGAAUUCCUCUCUGUGUGGCGCUCUUGCAAGGGCAUAACAAAUCUAUUAAAUCAAAUUUAUCAAAUGUUACCUGUGCUCCCUGGGAGUGGGGGAAGAUUGGCUCUGCCAUACCAAGAGUAAAAAUGGCUGAAUCAGCCCUGGUGGGGUGGGAAGGGGACAGUGGGGUAAAAGUAAGGGGGAACAAAUUUGUUUGCACAAAUGUAUAUAUAUAUAUUGUUUCCGGCCAUUCCAGAAUGUAGGGGAUGAAACCUACACUAUCUUCAAGGAACUGUGAAGCUUUUUUUAUAAGGGUGUUAAGUGUACAUAUGAUUAAAAGGAACCUGUGCCACAUGCACAGCAAAAAAAGAGUAAAAUGAGCUCAUUGGCAGAAUAUGAAAAAGCUCCUGGUUGCAGGAGGGCGAUUUAGUGCAUGUUGGAUCACGGCACUGCAGGUGCCAUGUCCAGAAUUGUAACUGGAACUCAUGUGGACUGUAAAUAAUUUAGUAUCACUUUGUAUAUAGACACUUGUGUGUGUUGUAUAGCAUCCCCAUGCCUUCAUUGUACAUUGCUGUGCAGCCUCUAUUUCUGUAUAAAUAAAAGGAUUCUUGGAAA